UAGUUGAUUUCGGUUCUUCUGCUUGUGUUGGUUGCAAGCUUGGGACUCCAGCCAGCACCAAUUCUGUUAACUCUGAAGAUGGCAAAGAAAGCUCAAAAGAGUUUGGAUUGCUUAAGCAAGGUUCUUCGUGUUUUGAAAUCGAUGAUCACCCUUUUUCUGUGGCUAAGAAAGAAUUAGCAUCGGUUGAGUCUCAGUGUGAUGGUCACAAAAAUGUGAUUAGGGUCUUAGAACGAGCUCUGGAUGAAGAGCAUGCCGGUCGUGCUGCUCUGUACUUGGAGCUCGAGAAGGAGAGAAUCGCUGCUUCUACGGCUGCAGAUGAGGCUAUGGAGAUGAUACUACGCCUGCAAGAGGAGAAGGCAGCCAUUGAAAUGGAAGCAAAGCAAUAUCUGAGGAUGAUAGAAGAAAAAGUCGCGUUCGAUGACGAAGAAAUGAAUAUCCUGAAAGAGAUUUUAUUAAGAAGAGAAAGGGAAAAACUUUUCUUGGAGAAGGAAGUUGAAGCUUACAAGCAAAUGUUUUUCGACAAAGAACAACUGUAUGCUGAUAUAUAUGAUGCUGCAGCUGCACAGGAGCAAAUGACUUCAAAUGCGGAGCCGUUGCUAAUGUUGGAACAGAUCCCUCAAUCUGUUGGAGAGAAGUGUGAGUUCGCGUCAAUCGUGUCACCAAACAGAUCCCUCGAUUUCGGGAAAGAGUUACCGAUUCCACGACUCAGUGAAGUUCCAUCAAGAAGUUAUCAUGAGAUUUAUCAAGCCUUUGAGAAGGGAAUGACUUCCAAGGAUAAGAAUAUUAAUCAGGUAAGUGAAGAGAUAAUCCGGCCACUGGUGGAUUCCGGUAUUGAUCGUAACGUUCUCGAUGUUCAUGUCAUUAAUGAAGAUAGCGAAAACAAAAGGGACAACAAAUCGGUCACCUCAAACUCACCUAAAACCUGUGAUUAUCCAACCAGCAGUGGAUCAGAAACUGAGCCUUGGAGGAAAAGAAACACUUCAGACAGAUCUAGUGGGCUACCACCAAUUGCUCCUUCAAGGGUCAAAUCUUUACCUCCAAUUUCUCGUAGAAACUCCAUGUCUGCUUUCGAUUACGAAAUGUUUAAAAUCGACAAUGAAGUCGGGUUGCUUAGAGAAAGGCUAAGGAUUAUACAUCAAGGAAGAGAAAAGCUUAACAUCCCUGCAGGUCCCAAGGAAAGGGAACAAUCUCAGAUGCAGAUGAAUGAAAACAUUGCAAAUCAACUUCGAGAGAUACGACAAUUAUCGGUACCCCGGAAGGCUUUGCGACAGGCAUCUUUGCCCUCUCCAUCCUCUAAGGUUAUGUCAAAGAAGAGACAUGGACAUGGUGCUCCUUUAGGAGCGAUGAAAAGCAUUUAAAGGAGAGAAUUGUACUCACAAUUUUCGGUAAACGAGAUGAGCUAGAUAAUUCGAUUGGUUGGAUCCAUUUGGUACCAUGCUGAUAUCUUCCGACGGCGCUUAUAUCUUCCGACGGCUUCGACUAUAACUUCCCCA